AUGGUGGUAGCGGCUGUGCAGGCAAUCCCGAUGGCGGUGCUGCUCAAUUUUUGUUGCUCCCACCACCUGACGGGGACAAAGGAGGUCUUCGUUGACAUGGCGAGUGGCGGUGUGAAGCACGCGUGCGGAUUCAAUGGGGUGUUGCAGUCCAUCGAGGGUCGCGGAACCGUUGCUCUGCAAGGGGAGGCCGGGCAGCGAAUCCUCAUCCCUGACAUGCUCUACGUUCCGGGCGUGUGGGCGAACUUGCUGUCAGCGGGCCAGCUGAAUGACAUGGGCGUAAAGCUGCAGGGUGACGGCGACAAGAUGCUGCUCAUCGCCACAACCUGGGAGGUGCUCGGUCGAGCCCGCUACAUCGGCCGCGUUUUCUGCACCGACCUCAGUCAUUGCUCGACAAUGUCGCUGUCAAAGUCGACCAAGGUGGUGGCUCUACGGACGAUUGCUUCAGCGACGAAGUCGACCCCCGACCGGUGGCAGGCGAGGCUCGCUCACGUUGGCGUUGACUCGAUCCAAAGCUCGGCAAAGCAUGACAUCGCCACUGGAGUCGACAUCAAGCCGUCGACCAGACCUAACCUGCCGUGUGUCUCGUGCGUUGGAGGGAAGCUAGCGCGGCACACCUUCCCUGACGAAGGCUCGGACGCCGAGGAGGCUUUAGCUGUCGUGCACAGUGACUUGUGCAGGCCAAUCCGGUGGCAUCGACGGCGGCCGACGAGAUGCCAAGCUCAUCGAGCCGUCUACGACAGAGAAGCAGGAGACAGAGGAGCUGGUGCAGAUAAGGCAGCGGCAGAGGUUCAGUCGACAGUGGAGCAGCAGACGGGGGAGUCGACAGGGAAGAUGUUGGCGAAAGAGAAGUUAGUAGAUGGGCCGACGAGAGGGGAGCAGCUGGGCGACAGGCCAACGCUGGUCGACGACGACGAGAAUGUCGACGAUGAAGGGGAGAUGUUGGCAGGAGAGGAGUCCACCGACAGCGAUGUGGUGGAGGUGCCGAUUGAGGAACCUAAGCUGCGAUGCUCAGGUCGAACUCAGAAGCCAUCGAAGCAGCUGAUCUUCAACACCUGCUUGCCACCAGCUGCCUUCACUACGCUGCUCAACGACGCCGAGGCCGACGUUGAUUUGCCGGAGCUCGAUCCCGACAUGCAUGCUGACCCCGAGCAUCGCUAUGACAUUGCGACGAUGACGGUGAAGGAGGCGUUGGCGAGCUGGAAGGGCGAGGCGGUGAAGGCCGCCAUGGACGAGGAGAUUCGUAGCCUCAUCAACAAUGGCACGUGGGAGCUGGUCAAACGCCCGCUCGGGGUAAACAUCAUGAAGAACCUGUGGGUGCUGAUGACCGUCGAGCGUGAGAAGGCAAGGUUGGACGUGAAGACCUUAACGAAUGUGUUUGGUGCCGACUACGACGAGACGUACUCGCCCGUGAGCACCUACGUCAAACUGAGGAUCUUCCUCAGCAUCAUCGCCGUCCUCGAUCUCAACCUGAUGCAGCUCGACAUGAAGAAUGCGUUCCUCAAGAGCAAGCUCGACCAGGUGCUGUACAUGUAUCAGCCAGACUACUACAACGGCGGGACCGGCCGGGCCGGCAAGGAAGCUGUUGCUGCACCAGCAGGGCUACAGUACAUCAACAAGGAGCAGACCGGGCACAUCCUGAAGACGCCGGUCUCUGUCGACGCCUACGCUGAGCUGACGUUCGACAACGAGGAGACCUAG